UGAUGACAACACAUAUUGUAAACAAUAUUGAAAUUAGUUGUCAAUAAUUUUUCAGUCAUUUGUCGGCUAAACAAAUGAGUGAAUCAGUGAAACCAUUUGAAAAAUCAGACCUAAGAGUCAAUCAACAAGAGAUCAAUUCAUUACAAGAUCUCAAUAAUUAUGUCAACAUUAAGAUUGACAGUAAAAAUGAGUUGAUAUGUCAACCGCGGAUCAAAUUGCAUGUAAGUCGAGGUGUCUGGAGAUCAGAUAAGAAACUCAUUGAAGUCAUACAAAGCAAAGGUAUUAAUACAUUCAUUGGUUUAACCAUCGAUUCCGUCAAAUAUUUGGAACCAUUUGAAGCAUUAUUUCUUAUGGAAAGUCAAUCACUUGAAGUAUUGUUUGAAGACAUUCCUCUUAGUAUUGAAGAGUCGUAUAAAAUGUUUUUACAAAAUGAAUCUCAAUUUGAUUUGUAUCGCAUCUAUAGUUAUCUAUCAAGAAGUGGUUAUUUUGUCAAAAGAAGACAACUUCAAGAUAAUUGUAGUCAAGAAAAGAGUAAUAUAACUACACUAAAGAGACAGUUAAGUGAUGCAGACAUUGAUGACUAUAAACGACUUAAUGUUGAUUUGAAUUCAUAUGAAUUGAGUUCAGAGAUAAUUAAUAAUAAAGUGUUGACUAAUAUAAGACAAAUCAACAAUCAUUUGUUACCAAAACAUCUUUUAUCACAAAUUAGUUCCAAAAAGCAAUUGUCAAACGAGACAAAUAAAGCACAGAAAUCACUCAUUUAUGACAUUAAAUACAGUGAAAGUUCAGUUGAACUCAAUUCUUCACUUGUUUUGUAUAACAAAGAUAUUAAGCCGUUAUGUGAUUUGGGAUCUAUUAUGUCUUCAACUGAUUUAUUUGCUUUAAUGCAGUCAUUUGGUCCCAAAACAAAAACUAUUUAUAAUACAAGUAAAGAUCGCAUGAAGUAUGACUAUAUUCUUGAUGUAUAUAAGCAAAGUAACAAACGAAUAGAGAAAGAGCCAUAUAUUCAUGUGAUAGUCACCAGAGCUGAUCAAAAAGUUGCGCAAAUGGAUGACAUAAUAUGUCUGAAGCAAAUGUGUUCAUCAAAUGAAUUGUUGUUUGCAGUCAUCAGCUCUAAUGAUAUGACUUUCUAUAGCGUCUCUCAAAUGCAUUUGAACGACGAAUGGCCGCAAUUGUGGCAAAAGUAUUUCAAAUAGACAUGACUUGUAUGACUAUAUCUAUGAAUAUUUGCCGACUAGUGGUCACUCUGUCGGGUCAUAAAAUAUGCUAAAUAUCUAUCGGUUGACUUGUAUUGACCCGAAUGUCACAGAGUUUAUGAAUGACUUGUAUUACAAUUG